AUGGUAUCUGCUGUAAUAUUUGAUGAAGCUAACAAUUUCGCUAACAAUAGCCAACAUUUUAAUCCAAAUUAUGAAGUAAUGUACAAUGAGUUAUUCAAAGAACAUCAAAAUUUAAAAAAUGAGAAUGAAAAAUUGAAAAUAGAACUUUUAUCAUUCAAAAAAUCUUCUUUGAAUUAUAAAAAUAUUAAUGAAAAUCUUAGACAUGGCAUAAAAAUUCUUGAAAAACGUUUGAAAACUUUAAAUUCGGUUCUAACACAAACACAAAAAAAUAUGUCAAAUCAAAUUAAAUCUCUCACUCAAAAUAAAACUCUUGCUAUUGAAAAGAAAGCAAAAUCAUAUCUGUCAGAAAUUUUUACUCCAAAUCAAUUGGAUCUUAUAAUGAAAAAAAAAAAAAUUAUAUUAUGA